UUAGACAAACAAAUCAGUCAAAUAUGGGAAAAGCUGAACAUGUGUGAGAAAAUCAAGACGAGUUUCAUUCGAUCAAGAGAGGUUUCUACUAAGCAGGAUUGGGCAUAAACAACAACGCCAGCACAAACAACUCCUAAAAUGACAGAUACAAUAUCAGAAGUACAAAUGACCUCUUCUAUUGAAGCAGAAACAAGAGGAUAUCCGACAUUCGAUUUUAGCGAAUAUAAAAGAGAAGAUACCUCAAUAGCAGAAGAAACAAGCUACUAUAACACCAGUAUGGUUGCUGAUAUUGAACAGCGAGCAAGGUCAAAUGUCUCACCACUAAACAAGGAAAUAUCAUCUACCGUAGCUGUCAGCCUCGUAGUGCUACUACUGAAUGUUUCUGCCGCUUAUAUCAGAGUGCUCCAUGCAGGACAAGUUUGGAACUAUCAGAACGAGUGUGGGGGGAGCAAGCAAGAAAAGAGUGAGACAAACAAUACAAGUGCGGUAGAGGAAAGACAAAUGCUUUGUGGGUCAACCAAAGAAUAUGUGAAACAAGCAAGACAAGUUUGA